AUGAAUACUUGUGCUUGUAAUUAUAAAUUAAUUAAUAUACUUACUUUGAAUUCAAAGUAUCACCAAAACACAUUUUUGUCUUCGCACCAUAUUUGGUCCAAGUAUCAACAUGUAAUUCUGCCACGAUCAGUUUCUAAUAGUUCUGUUAGAACUGAGAAAAGCCGAUUAAAACAGCUCUUAAUAAAAUCUUUAAAAAUUGCUUCAAUGGCUUUUGGUGUAUCAUUAAUAGCACUUGGAGGAUAUUCACUAGUGUUUGAAGAUGAUGAAUUAGUUCAAAAAGGAAACAAAAAUAUUCCACUCAUUAUUAAAAUCUAUGAACGAAUAUGUUUUAGAAUAGAAUUUUAUCAUAAGGUGUUUACAAUACCUGCAACCAAAAAAUUAUUACCUGAUUCAUUACCAGAUUAUUAUGAUAAACCUCAAUAUACACUUGUGUUAGAGAUUACUGAUCUUCUUGUACAUCCAGAGUGGAGUUACAGUACAGGUUGGAGGUUUAAAAAGAGGCCAAAUGUUGAUUAUUUUUUGGAAAGAGUUGGAAAGAUUUUUGAAGUAGUUGUUUACACAGCUGAAAAUGGUUAUAUUGCUUCUCCGAUAUUAGAUGAAAUUGAUCCUAAAGGUUGGAUUCAGUAUCGCUUGUCACGUCAAUGUACUGAAUUUCGAAAUGGUCAAUUAGUAAAAAAUAUUGAAAGAAUUAAUCGUGAUUUAUCAAAAGUCAUUGUAAUAGAUUGGAAUACAAGUUGGACACAACUUCAUCCUUAUAACACACUAAUUAUACCUCGAUGGAAUGGUGAUGAAAAUGACAACUCGCUUAUUGACCUUGCAGACUUCUUAAAAGUGGUAUUUGAAAAAGAAGAAAAAGAUGCAAGAGACAUUUUAAACAGAUAUAAAAAAUAUGAUGAUCCUAUAAAGGCAUUCCGAGAAGAUCAAAGAAUAUUAAAGGAAGAAACCAAGGAUGAAGAAGAAAAAGAACAGGAAAUAAAUAAAAUAGAAGAUAAUAAUAAAUCAUGGUUUUCAUGGAUACCGUGGAUUUAUUGA